AUGGUGAGAGGGCCCCGCGUCAGGAAGACUGUGGCAGUGCUGGGGCUGGUGCUCGGGGCCACUGCGGUGGCCACCAUCAUCACCCUGUCUGUGCUCUACGCCCAACAUGAGGCCCCAAACAGGCCCUGGGACCAGUACCGGCUGCCGGACACCCUCAAGCCGCGCAAAUACAAUGUCACCAUGUGGCCUCAGCUGACAAAGAACGAGCACAGCUUGUACGUCUUCACUGGUCACUCGACUGUGGACUUUGAGUGCGUGAAGGAGACAGACCUGAUCCUCAUUCACUCCAACAAACUCAACUUGAUCAAGUCCAGCGGGCAUCACGCAACUCUAACUGGACUUGGUGGUGCAGUUGCACCAACUAUCAAGACCACAUGGCUCCAGGAGACAACAGAGUACCUGGUCAUCCAGCUCAACAACAAACUAGAGCCAGGAAAGUCUUACCAACUCUACUCCAGCUUCACUGGUGAACUUGCCGAUGACCUGGAAGGAUUUUACAGGAGUGAAUACUAUGAAGGAUCAGAGUUGAAAGUUCUUGCCACAACCCAGAUGGAGGCCACAGAUGCUAGGAAAGCCUUUCCCUGCUUUGACGAGCCAGCUUUGAAAGCUAUCUUUUACAUGACUCUCAUCCACAAUCGCAACACUGUAGCCUUGUCCAACAGCAUGGCGAUUGGGUCUGUUAAUACCACUAUGGGCGGAGUGGAGGUGUCUGUAACCACAUUUGAACCGACGCCGAUAAUGUCCACCUACCUGCUGGCCUUUGUUGUUUGUGAAUACGACUCCAUCAGGACUCCAGCAGGAGCAAAAGUCUUGGUCCGUGUAUGGGCCCGCCGACAGGCCAUCGCUGAAGGGCAGGGCGACUAUGCCCUGGAGAAGGCAGCUUCCAUUCUGGAGUAUUUGGAGAGAUACUACAAUGUCACAUAUCCCCUCAAAAAAUCAGACCAGAUAGCUGUGACACAUAUGGCUGCUACGGCGAUGGAGAACUGGGGCCUGGUAACGUACAGAGAGCCAGACCUUCUGUCCUCUCAGACAGCGUACAUACGACAAGCGGCGGUUCAGCUCAUAGCCCAUGAGCUGGGUCACAUGUGGUUUGGGAACCUGGUUACAAUGAAAUGGUGGAAUGACGUGUGGCUGAACGAAGGCUUUGCCACCUACAUCUCCCGUCUGGUUGCUGCCGUGGCUGAGCCAAAUGAUGAUGAACUGAGAGACACAAUGCUCUGGAAUGAUAUUCAAAGGGCGUUCUUGAUGGAUGCUAAAGCCGACUCAGUCCCUCUUGCCUACCCUGAGGAAGAGAUCAACACUCCAACAGAGAUAAGGCAGCUUUUUAACACCAUCACCUAUAAUAAGGGUGCUCAUGUGCUGAAGAUGUUUUCAGAGUUCCUGACAGAGGCAGUCUUUUCCAAGGGUCUGAGUAACUACCUCCAUGCAUUCGCAUACCAAAACACAAUGACCACAGACCUUUGGAAACAUCUACAAGCUGAGGUGGACCGUACUCUUACUCUGAAACUUCCAGGCACCAUCUCACAGAUCAUGAACCCUUGGGUCCUCCAGAUGGGCUUUCCAGUCGUCACCAUAAAUACCUCAACAGGAACCAUCAGCCAAAAACACUUCCUGGCUAAUCCUGAAUCAGUGGUGGAGAGAUCCUCCAUCUACAAUUACGAGUGGUUUGUGCCCAUAGCAUGGACAUGUAAUGGAACAAUACAGGAACGUAAAUGGCUGCUUUCCAAGUCAGAUGUGCACAAGCCAAUGAAGACUUCAGAAUGGAUUCUGGCAAAUCUGAAUGUAGAUGGAUUCUACAGAGUGAACUACGACGAGGGCAACUGGGAACGACUCCUUGCAGUGCUACAAAGUGACCACAAGGCGAUUCCACCCCUCAACCGAGCUCAGAUCAUGGAUGAUGCAUUUCACCUAGCCCAGACAAAUAUUAUUGACAUCGUCCUGGCUCUGAAAACAACACAGUACCUGUCAAAAGAGACAGAAUACACACCAUGGGUGUCCGCUCUCUAUCACCUGAAACAACAUUUGAUUAAUAUGCCCCCCCACACAGAAGUAUAUGGGGCAAUGCAGAAAUACCUCAAGAAACAACUUAAACCUUUUUUAAUGCACAACAUCAAGAAUGCUGCUGUGAACCGGACAAAUUGGACACACUGGACCUAUUCACCGGAAUUUUACUGGCUCAAAGAGCAUGCCUGUGAACUGGGUUUGGAUGGCUGUACUGACCUGGCACGUGUCUGGUUCCGAGAGUGGAUGAACAAUCCUCGAAACAACACGAUCCCUGCCGACCUGCGGCGUUCUGUGUACUGUCAUGUCAUCGCCACUGGGGGGCUGAAGAAGUGGGGCUUUGUCUGGGACAGGAUGAACAGCAUAGGCCUAUAUGACGACCGUGAGCAGGUCCUACUGGCCCGGGGUCUGUCCUGCACUAGAGACACCAGGCUGCUCAACAGGAUUCAGCAGUACUUUCUAGACCCCUCCAUGGGCCAUGAUCUUCUCCAACGCAUUAUGAGAAUUGCUGACCUUGAGCAUCUCCAGCCGCUGUUGUGGAACUACAUCAUAGCCAACACGACGGCCAUUUUUAAUGAUGAUGGUGGUGAUGACUACAACCUUUCACAUAUUAUCAAUACAUUGACUGCGAGAUUCUACACUCAGCUGGAGCUCAGACAGCUACUGGACUUCAAAGCGGCGCUGCCAGCGACAGGCUUCAACUUCACGGCUGAAGCUCUCCAUCAGGCGAUUGAGAGGACAGAGACCCGAGGAAAGUGGAUGGAGGAAAACCAAGAGAAGAUGGUCCAGUGGUUGACUUCAGCAGCAAGAUGACAAAAGCAAAUUAAGUUAACAUUUAGUUAAUUAAUUGAAUUAAUCAAUUAACUAUACACUUACUUUUACAUUACAUUACAUUACA